AUGACCACCAUACUGCAAACUGCUGAGGGGGAGCUGGGAGGUGUUGGGGGGGUUGAGACCACCCUCCCCCUCCCCAAACUGCAGAACCUGCCCCAGAGACCCACCAGCCUCCACCUCCUCCACAGAACCAACGAGACCCCCUCUUCCAGACUGAAGCUGGGAAAGCUCAAGUCCAACCACAGACAGGUGGAAACUGGCGUUGCUAAGAUGAACACGGUGGCGGUCGCCACGGCUGCAGAGCCUCGCCAGGUAACGGCGGUGACUUUCAACGCCACCACUGUGAGCCGAGGUCACUCGAAAACCGCGCUCGCCGGCGGCUACAGCGCGGGCGCCCCCGCCCUGGUGACCAACAGUCUGAUCGGCCGCGGGCGGACCAAUCCGGCCGGGCCGCAGCUGGAGGACGAGGACAAAAUGGAGGCAGGAGAGGACCAGAGGACCAACCUGCUCCAGGCCAGUCGAGAGGACCAGAGGACCAACCUGCUCCAGGCCAGUCGAGAGGACCAGAGGACCAACCUGCUCCAGGCCAGUCGAGAGGACCAGAGGACCAACCUGCUCCAGGCCAGUCGAGAGGACCAGAGGACCAACCUGCUCCAGGCCAGCCCGGACGAACACGAGCCGCUGCUGAGCCGGGAGCAGCCGCCGGCUGAGAGCCAACCGGGCCGGGCAUCGAACGCCAACAACAACAACAACCGGACGGCAGGGGCCUCCAGCGAGGAGAGAGUUCAGGGCUCGGGUUCAGACCCGUGUGUCCGCAGAGCGCCAGUGUCCACCCGCGGGUCAUCCAGAAGCCCAGAGACUCGUCUGGUCCGGACUCAAACAGAAGAAGCUCUGGUGCUGGAUCCAAAAGCCCUCGGACCCCCGGUCUCUGAUCCAAAGGCCCUCAGACCCCCAGUCUCUGGUCCAGUCUCUGAUCCAGUCUCUGAUCCAGACCCUCCAGUCUCUGGUCCAGUCUCUGAUCCAGUCUCUGGUCCAGACCCUCCAGUUUCUGAUCCAGUCUCUGAUCCAGUCUCAGAUCCAGUCUCUGGUCCAGACCAUCCAGUCUCUGAUCCAGUCUCAGAUCCAGACCCUCCAGUCUCUGAUCCAGUCUCAGAUCCAGUCUCUGGUCCAGACCCUCCAGUCUUUGAUCCAGCCUCUGAUCCAGUCUCAGAUCCAGUCUCUGGUCCAGAACCUCCAGUCUCUGAUCCAGUUUCAGAUCCAGUCUCUGGUCCAGACCCUCCAGUUUCUGAUCCAGUCUCAGAUCCAGACCCUCCAGUCUCUGGUCCUAAUCAUCCAGUCUCUGGUCCUAAUCCUCCAGUCUCUGAUCCUAAUCCUCCAGUCUUUGAAUCUCUAAACCCACAAACUGCAGCUCUUCCAGGACCUGCAGCGGUUCUACGCCGUCCAGCCUUCGAUCCACAAACUCCGCAGAACAGACGCGGGCGUCCGUGUUCCCUCGACCUAUCAGCAUCCUGCAUCUCUUCAGAUGAGGCUCCUCUGACAGAUGACGGCGGUCUGAGCGCCUCGGGAGAGAAAAUAAAACGGCGAGUCAAGACUCCGUACACGGUGAAGAAAUGGCGUCCGGCCUCGUGGGUCGUUUCCACGGACACAGCUCUGGACCCGGACUUCAGCAGUCAGACCCAUUUCCCUUCUGGCUUCCAAGGAGCGGGAAGCUUCGGCAUCCCCAAAAUCAACCAGUCUAAAUCCAGCAUGGCGGUGUUUCUGGUCGGAGGCGGAGCCACGGCCACCGCGACCUCUGACCCCGACGGGAUCACCUGCUUCUAAACGGCGGCGAUGUCUUUUCUUAAAGGGCCAGUGUUUUGGGAGUUUGUCCCGUCUAGCGUUGAGAUCAUAUAUAUCUCAAUCAGCUCUCUCUCACCACACAGUUCCCAGUAGGUAUCAUCACAGCUACGGUAGCCUUCACGCUUCAACAACUCGCUCUUUUCAAUCUCCGUUUUUCUUUUUCUGGG